AUGCUAUCUUCAAAUGUUGUUCCAUCAUCAUCCCCUCUCACUUUCACCAAACCCAAUCCCCAUUUCUUCAUCAAUGCAUCUCCCCAUCUCAAACCAAAUCUUCUCACCAGGUUCCGGACCCAACACAGAGCCACUCCUCUGCAAAGUUCCAAACUUUCUUUCACGCCAAAUCAGAUCCAACAUUUAAGGUCUUUGAACGGACUCCUCCCGCACCCUUUUGAGCCCUCGUCAAAACCCAGACACCAAUUCGUUAAGGCUGCAUCUGAAGCCAAUCCUGAAGGAGAAAAUGUUGCCCCCGGUGAACCCAAAUCCAAAAAUCUCAAACUUGGUCUGGUGUUUGGGCUAUGGUACUUCCAAAACAUUGUGUUCAACAUUUACAACAAGAAAGUGUUAAACAUAUUCCCUUUCCCAUGGCUUCUUGCCUCUUUCCAGCUCUUGGUUGGGUCCAUUUGGAUGCUGGUGCUUUGGUCCUCAAAGCUUCAGCCUUGUCCAAAAAUCUCAAAACCCUUCAUCGUUGCUCUCCUUGGACCUGCUUUGUUCCACACAAUAGGCCACAUUUCAGCUUGUGUUUCAUUCUCCAAGGUUGCUGUUUCCUUCACCCAUGUCAUCAAAUCUGCAGAACCGGUUUUCUCUGUCGUGUUUUCUUCUGUUCUUGGUGAUAAGUACCCCAUCCAGGUUUGGCUCUCCAUUCUACCCAUUGUGCUUGGUUGUUCUUUAGCUGCUGUUACUGAGGUGUCUUUCAAUGUACAAGGAUUGUGGGGUGCCCUUAUUAGCAAUGUUGGUUUUGUGUUGAGGAACAUCUACUCUAAAAAAAGUUUGCAGAAUUUCAAGGAAGUUGAUGGCUUGAACUUGUAUGGCUGGAUUACUAUUGUUUCAUUUCUCUACCUGUUUCCAGUGGCUAUUUUUGUAGAAGGGUCUCAGUGGGUCCCAGGGUAUUACAAGGCUAUUGAAGCUAUAGGCAAAACAUCCACAUUUUAUAUCUGGGUGUUACUGUCUGGGGUGUUCUACCAUCUUUAUAACCAAUCGUCAUACCAAGCACUGGAUGAAAUUAGCCCGUUGACUUUCUCUGUGGGAAACACAAUGAAAAGAGUGGUCGUGAUUGUAUCCACGGUUUUGGUGUUCAGGAAUCCGGUUCGACCUCUUAAUGCUCUUGGAUCUGCCAUUGCAAUUCUUGGGACUUUCCUGUAUUCACAGGCAACAUCCAAAAAUAAAGAAAAGAGAAUUGAAGGGGAAAAGAGUAGUUAG